CUCCCCACCCCGCCUCUCGAACCACCACCUCAGACCAUGUCUCGUCCCUGCUAGGACCCUCUCUAUCCUGCCAUGUUCUGAAGUUUAACCUUCCCUUCCCCCCUCUCCGCCGCCCACGCUAUUUGAUACCCCCGGACUCUGCGCGCCAAGAUGUCCGUCCUCCGCCAUCAUGGGGGUGCCUACCUCCAACGGCGGCUCACCAAAAUGUACACAGACACUAAGACCUCUUGUGAGAGUGUCACCACGGCCUCCAUUGCCGUUGAUGAUCCCGAAUUGGUAACGCUACAUCGAAGUUUCAAGACGCAAAGGGACCGCCUGCUAGCCUGGGGCCUAGACUGGAGCGAUGCCAGUGCCGCCCAGCCCAAUGAUAUCGACGAAUCGAUCACGCAAGCCGGCUACAGUGAUGUGGUUGCGAGUGUCAUGUCCUCGAUCCAAGUACUUCUCAAUGAGGCGGAGCGUAUCCAGCACGGCGGCUCCGAUCUGCCUCCGAAGGGCGCUAGUGCCGACUCUCCCAAGGGUGGCCUCAGCAACCUUCCAGUCAAGUCUCACUGGACCAGUGAGGAGAUCAGUCGCUCCAAGACUCUGCUGGCGGACCUUGAGGCCUGCAUCGACACUCUCUACGACCUUUCACGCUCUCGACGCAAUAUGAGUGCAAGUAUGACUGCUGGUGGGCAGUCAGCCACAAAGGGCCGAUCCCGGCCCGGCGCAACCACCGAUUAUUCCAUCCUGGACUCCAAAGCCUAUCAUGGCACAUCUUUCGACAGUACGCAGAGAUAUCCGGCGCAGCAGAGUCCCUUUGAUCUGGCGCCGUCUCCCACACGCAAUGCCACGGCCUUCAGCCAGGCCCGGUCCGAGAAGAUGCCAUUUGGCAAGAUUUCCUUAUCGCUAGACACGUAUGCCAUCGAUCGCUCGGCACUACAACUGUCCGGCUCUUCUCAUGACAACAGCCCGCCUCCGUAUGAGCAGGUAGCGGCUUCCAUCAACUCUCGGGCCAUUGGUCGUAUGAGGACCUCGGCGUCGCCUUUCCUACACGGCACGAAAGAUUCGAUGGCAACUAUCCUAGUGGACUACACUCCCAUGGUACUGGAAGCAUCAGGGUCUGCCACUACGCCGGAGAAGAAACGACUGGAUCAUGUGCAGCGAACACUUGAGCAGCUCGUCCAGAAUGCGCGUGUGUCCCAUCUGGGGCUGUUGAAGUUUCUGGGUUAUUAUAUUGACAUGCCGAAUUCCCGGUAUGCUUUCGUCUAUCAAAUGCCUGUGGAUUACUUCCCGUUCCUUCGCAAUCCGUCGGAUCUGCUGAACGGGCUGAAGCCUAAGCCACUCGUCUCUCUCUUCCAGGCCGGCGACGACUAUCAUAUCCCUAAUCUCGAAACGCGCUUCCGCUUGGCUUAUGACCUUUUGAUGGCGGUUCUGCAGCUGAGAAGCCAGAACCUUGUGCACGGGAAUAUCAACAGCAGCAACGUCCUUAUCUUCCCCGGAUUAACGAACUCGAACAGCGAUGAAGUUGGACUAACAGAGAACCUGCGACGACCAUACCUGACAUCGUUUGCCCAAUUCUCUGGAAAUGGGCCGUCGCCCGAGCCACUAUCUUCCAGCAUGUAUCGUCACCCGGAUGACAAGCGAUCAAUGGACGACGAUGCUGCCUGGGCCUAUGACCUUUAUUCACUUGGCCUUGUGCUCCUCGAGAUCGGGCUAUGGCAUCCCAUCAGCCGUAUAUGGAAGAUGAAGUACAACAAUUCGAUGUUCAAGCAAAGGAUUGAGAAUGUCUACUUGCAGAGACUGGGCCCUAAGUGCGGCAGUGCGUAUCUACAUGUGGUGCAGCUGUGCUUAGAUGCGCCAAACUUCCAUCUGUCGACGCAGCCGUUCGACGACCUCAACCUUCGUGUUCCUCAAGCUUUCCAUUACCCGGUCCUGGACCUCUCAGCGCCCGACAGUAUCUUUUCGUUCUCGAUGAAUUUCCUCUACACGAUGUGCAAGAUCGUCUGGUCCUGCUGCAGGAUAGACAUGUUCUCUGCCCCGGGUGCUGAAGAGCUGGACGACUGCCUUCCCCUUGCUCUUGUUCCCGGUCUGGAACCAGCGCCUAUGAAGGAAGCCCCUCGUGAGUAUAAGGACACCAUGGAUCCUAUCGUGCCAUUCCAAGAACCGAUUGCCACGCUACCUACUCCUGAGAUGAAGAUGCUGCGGGAUAAAAUUAGCGUGGAGGAGCGCAGAGUGCGAAAGCGAACCUGCAAAAAGCUCUCGGGCCUGGAGAUACCACAAGACCAUCUCAAUAAGUGGAAUUUCCAGAUGCUACCGCGUUUGAGAAAGCUCCUACAGAAAAUCUUGAAGGACUCAUCCGAAUCAUGCAGUGUUACACUUAUGAUGACUGGUGACACUGUCGACAACGCCAGGACGACAGUCUGUGUCACUUGUGCGAGUGCAAAGAAGGUUCGGGCGGCUUUGAAGAAGUACUUUGUUCUCGACAGCGAGGACUGGGAUCUUCUGGUCCUUCGCGGAGACGUCCAGAGAUCUAAAGUCCCACGGAAGAAACGCCGCAGGCCGGCGAUGACAGGACCUGACAAUGCAAGAGCACCGUCAUCUGUCCAGCACGAUCCGAAUCCUUGCUAUCAGGAACGGCCUCUCUGCGGCGCCUCGAUAGGCGCCUUCAUGAAUGAAGAGCACCUACCUCCAGUCUCUUAUGGCGGGGCUAUCCUAGUCGAUGGCAUGCCGUAUGGCAUGACCGUGCAUCAUAUGCUGGAGUCACCGAGUGACCAGGAAGACGCAGAUGACCAAGAUACUCAUGGCCCUUUACGGUCCGCUGGGAAUUGGCCCCGCGAUACACCCAUACCUCAAAACACAGAGUUCAUGUACUCCUGGUCUGACGCCGGGCCGUCGGACCCUGCAUCGGAUCUCGAAUUUGAGGUUUCAGAAGACGAGGAUGGGGACGAUGUGUCGCUAUCGCCAAGUCUAGACGAGGACUCUUAUCUUUCCGAAGGCUAUUCCUCCGAUGAAGACGGUCAGAAUGAUGAGGCCUAUGACGAUGAGGAUGCAGCAUCCAUAGGCGACACUCCUGGGAUUGACCCCGGAGACGAGCCCUUGCUGUACGUGACACAGCCAGCUAUCGAUGAUGUCGAUGAGAACUUUUUCCCAUGCCCUGAAGACCGCGACGAUGAGCAUCUUGCCUCUCACUCCUUUGGAUACGUGCACGCAUCAUCCGGCGUUCGGCGCUGGACGCGAAAGGGGAUAAGGCACGAGAUUGACUGGGCACUAAUCAAGAUCAACGACGAGCGCAUCGAUGGGCGCAACAUCGUCUACGACAGGACGGCUUUAGCGAGGCGAGAUCCAUACCGGCAAAGACGCGGCGAGCCGGCGCGCAUGCCACAGCCGGAGACGAUCUAUCUUAACAAUAUCUGCCGGUUGGAAGAUCUCGGUGGCCUCCAUGUUCAUUGCUGUGGUCGAACCAGCGGCCUACAAACAGGCCAGAUAUCCAAGGCGAUGACGUUAGUCAAAUUGCAUGGCCGCCAGACCUUCUCGACCAGCUUCUGUGUUGACGGGAACUUUGGAGUCCCCGGCGACUCAGGAGCAUGGGUUUUCGAGAAGUCAAGCGGUCGAGUGUGCGGCCACGUCCUGGCAUGGUCAGACAAGACCCGCACCGCCUACAUCGCCCCGAUGGAAAUUCUCCUCGAAGAUAUCGCUCGCUCCCUGAAUGCCAACUACAUCGGUCUCCCCGGCAAUCCUGACGAAUCAUCCUCUCGCGCCUACUCCAUGCACCCUCGCCCAGCACCAUCAAUGGACCCCCGGUACCAAAACCCAGCAUACCACACCCCUCGCCCACUCCGCGGCCAACUACCCGUGGACAUCAACCAGCUCCGCCUCGAUGACCCAAACAUGGGCCCCGUCAACACCAGUCGCGGUCUACGAGAGGUCUCAACCCCAUACCGGGGCAUGCCACCGAUCCUGACACCCCCAAGGAGUCUAGAAAGACAACUUGCCUAAUCUGCUUGCACAGACUGAGUGCAUGUGACCUCCCUUUGCUCCUACCUCAGCAACCACUUUUUCCUCACCAUCAUCUUAAUCACCCACCCACUACCCAUAUACCCUCCCUAUGACGUUUCCUAUGAUGAUUUUUUUGGUUUUGAACGAGUGGAUAAAACAUAAUACCCCCUUUUGUAUAUCUGUUGUUUUCGGUGUUUUGCUCUGAUUCCCAUGGCGGCGAUGGGUGUUGAUUAGUUGUCUUUGAUAUACACAAUUUGCGGGCUCCUAUAUAUCCAAUGAUCUUGAGUUUCAACUAGGUGGCUGUACUCUCCUCGCUAGCCCUACUACUUAUAUACCUCUCUCUGCGUAAUCAUUACCUCUGUCCUCCAUAGAUCUCUGCCUGAGGCAAGUGCCUCCGUUAGGCAGGUUUUAUCGUUAUCCAUUUGUUACCAUGUAUUGAUAGAUACGAAUACUGAUACGAGACGAACUGUUCUGAAAUG